UUGACUAUUGCGUGUCGUGUGCAAACCGCGGCAGUUUCUUAAUCAUGGCUGACCACCACGACUUGCCAUUUAAAGCUGAAUAUGCGAAGAGUGGCCGUGCUUCUUGUAAAGGAUGCAAGGGCUCAAUCAGUCAGGAUUCUCUCCGGUUGGCUAUCAUGAUUCAGUCACCCCACUUUGAUGGAAAGGUCCCCAACUGGUUCCACUAUGCCUGUUUCUGGAAACGGUCGAAGGUGCAAAAUCCAGACGAUAUCCAUGGAUUUCAUUCUCUCCGGUGGGAGGAUCAGCAGAAGAUUAAGGACAAAGUUGGUGGUGGAGCCGGUGAUGCUGGGGAUAAUGUUGUGCCAGGGUCCGGCUACAAUGAUUUCACAACUGAGUAUGCCAAGUCGGGCCGCAGCACGUGUCGAGGAUGUGACAGCAAGAUAGAAAAGGAUGCUGUUCGUAUAUCCAAGAAGGACUACACCAGUGAGCGUGCCAAGAUGUAUGGCCCCCAAGACCUGUGGUACCAUAGCGAGUGUUUCAAGGAGAACAGAGAAGACCUUGACUUUGGCCCUGACCUCAAUGUUGAAAAGAUCUUGGGCUUUGGAAAGUUGAAGAAAGAAGACAAAGAUGAACUGAUUGAGUUGAUUGGGAAGGGAGACCCAAAAGCGCAAAAGAGGAAGGCUGAAGAAAUUAAGGAAAAAAACAAGAAGAAAGCAAAGAAAGAAGACACAGAAGAAGAAAAGAAGCUGAAAGAACAAAGUCAGCUGAUCUGGAGUGCUAGAGACCAGCUGUCGAAGAAUGUUUCCAAUGAGGCCAUAAGGCUUCUCCUGGAGUUAAACAACCAGAAAAUACCCUCUGGCGAGAGCAAGCUGAUGGAUGCUGUGGCUGAUGUGAUGACAUUUGGGUCUUUGGAGCCCUGUACAGAGUGCUCAGGAGGGCAGCUGGUGUACACGAGUGAAGGCUACAAGUGCACAGGGAACAUGACAGAGUGGACAAAGUGUAUGAAUAUUACAAAGACGCCAACAAGGAAGCCAUUCAAAGUGCCCAAGGAAUUUCAUGAUGUUGACUUUUUAAAGAAGUACAAGUAUGUGAAGCGUGUCCGCGUGUUCCCAACUGUGACUGUCAGUUCAACUGAGGGGCCGGUCAGUUCGUCAAUGGACGCUGUAGAUGGAAGCAGCGCAAGCAGCAGUGGCCUCACCCAGUCCUUGGAGAACAUGAGGUUUGUCAUCGCUGGAAAGACAAGCAAAUCCAAAGCAGCCCUCAGCAAAGAAAUCUCUAGUAUGGGAGGAACUGUUGUCUCCAAAGUGGACAAAACUGUGGCAGCGGUCAUCAGUACAAAGGAUGAAGUUACUAAGAAGAGUAAAAACAUCAAAGAUGCUGAAAAAUCUGAUGUGCACGUGAUUGCCGAGAGCUUCCUGGAAGAUGUCAAGAAGGGUGGAGCUGCUCUCAUGAUCCAGAAACACAGUAUUGCCACCUGGGGAGCUGAUCCAGUUGAUAGAAUCGUGGAGCCGCAGAAGCAGGUGAAGAAGAGUGCGGCCAAGAGUGGCAUGAGUGCCAGGGAUGAGGCGAUGUACACCAAGAGCGUUCCGGCCAAGUUGAAGAUGAAGGUGAAAGGGGGUGCUGCAGUGGAUCCUGACUCAGGGCUGGAGGACACUGCCCAUGUGAUUGAUGAGAAGGGAGAUGUGUUCAGCGCUGUCCUGGGAUUGGUGGAUAUUGUCAGGGGAACUAACUCUUUCUACAAGAUCCAGGCUCUUGAAGGAGACAAGGGUUCACGAUGGUGGAUAUUCCGAGCAUGGGGUCGGGUUGGAACAACAAUCGGAGGGAACAAGCUGGAGAAAUGUGGGUCAAGAAAUAAAGCUAUUGAGAGUUUCAAAGCUUUGUAUGGAGAGAAGACAAAUAAUAACUUUGAUGACCGCAAGAAUUUCCAGAAAUUCCCCAACAAAUUCUAUCCUUUGGAUAUUGAUUAUGGCCAGGAUGAAGAUGCUGUGAAGUCCAUAGACAGAAGUUCAUCCAAGUCCAAAUUGCCCAAAGAGGUUCAGGAUCUCAUCUGCCUCAUCUUCGAUGUGGAGAGCAUGAAGAAGGCCAUGAUGGAAUUUGAGAUUGAUUUGAAGAAAAUGCCACUUGGAAAAUUAUCCAAAAGACAGAUUGAAUCUGCUUACAAAGUGCUUUCAGAAUUACAAAAGUUGACAGAGAAGAGUGGAACACCAACCCAGUUCCUGGAUGCUUCCAACAGAUUCUACACGCUCAUCCCACACGACUUCGGCAUGAAGAAACCGCCGCUUCUUGACACUGCGGACAUCAUCAAGACGAAGACGGAGAUGUUGGACAACUUGCUGGAGAUAGAGGUGGCCUACAGUAUGCUGAAGGGAGGGGACGAGGGUGAAGACCCCAUCGAUGCCCACUACAAGAAGCUCAAAUGUGAAAUGAAGCCCAUGGAUAAGAGUGAUGACUUGUACAAGAAGCUGGUGGAUUAUACAGCCAACACCCAUGCUGCCACACACAACCAGUAUGACUUGGAGGUCCAAGAUAUAUUUGAAGUUGAUCGUGAAGGAGAGUACAACCGCUACCGCCCGUUCGAGGACCUGCACAACAAACAGCUGCUCUGGCAUGGUUCCAGGGUUACCAACUUCGCUGGUAUACUCUCACAGGGUCUCAGAAUAGCACCGCCGGAGGCUCCAGUGACUGGCUACAUGUUUGGGAAGGGCAUCUACUUCGCUGAUAUGGUGUCCAAGUCGGCCAACUAUUGUCGUACAUCAAAGAACGAUCCCACGGGUAUCCUGCUGCUGUGUGAGGUUGCCCUUGGCAACAUGCAUGAGCUGACGGGGGCAAGCUACAUCGACAAGCUACCCAAGGGCAAACACAGUACCAAAGGUAUUGGUAUGACGGCUCCUGACCCCAAGGGCACCUACACAACUCCCAAGGAUGUGGUCAUCCCCAUGGGCAAGGGCUGCAAUGCAGACAUCAAGUACUCCAGCCUGCUCUACAAUGAAUUCAUUGUGUAUGAUGUAGCCCAGGUUAACAUCAAGUACCUGCUGAAGAUGAAGUUCAACUACAAGUGGUGAGACACCUUGUGACACUCGAUGGCUUGCUUGCUUUUGUCUGGCUGGACGGGGGCAGUUGGGACACAUUCCACUGGACACCUAGGAGGAUUUCCACUGGACACCUAGGAGGAUUUCCACUGGACACCUAGGAGGAUUUCCACUGGACACCUAGGAAGAUUUCCACUGGACACCAUUUGUAAACAGUGCAUAGACAACCUUGUAGUGCGCGAUCUGUGUUCUUUACCUGAUUGUGUUCUUGUUUGUUCUCAAAGGAAGACGUGCAGAGCUGUCUGAUAGUAUUCCAUUCGCAGUCGUGAUUAUGAACGAUGAUUUGUACCGACAGCACCUGUGCGUGUAAUGACUACAACCUGAAUUACCUUGCGCUUUUCUCCCACAUUAAGCUGACAUGCCAGGAAGCAACUGACAUCAUGUUUAAAGCUGCUCUGAACAGAACUCACUGGAACAAUCACUUGUAAUUUGAUUGUUAGAUUGAUCAAACUAUGAGACACAAAUAUCAAAUCCCCCUCCCUGCUCCAUCCACCAUUACCUCAAGAUGGACGUUUUGGGGAAGAAUAAUUGAAUUUGUGUGGUGACAAUUCUGUACAAUUUGGAUAAAGAAGGCUUUCUUGAAAAGUUGGCAUCUUGCCUGGUUUGGUUUUAAUGUCAAACUUGUUUGUUUAAGGUUGUUAUUUUGUAUGUUUUGUUUUACUCACUAAGGAUGUAUUCUUCAGAUAAAUAAAUAUGUCUGAUGUUGGGAUGAACCACCGAACAGAACAAAGACCCUGCAUAUCAUGUUUUUCAUUUGAAGAUCCCGGGUAGAAUAGGUCUUCAGCAACCCAUGUUUGUCGUAAGAGGGGACUAACGGGAUCAGGUGGUCAGGCUCACUGACUUGGUUGAUGCAUGUCAUCGUAUCCCAACUGCAUAGAUUGAUGCUCAUAAUGAUCACUGGAUUGUCUGGUCCAGACUUGAUUAUUUUGUGACCGCUGUCAUAUAGCUGGAAUAUUGCUGGAUGCGGGGUUAAACAACAAAUAAUCAAACAAACAAACAAACAUUUAGUUAAAGGGAAUAAGGGUUGCCCAGUUUUCUAGGGCUCUGUAAUUAGCUGUGGAGAGUUGCGUCCCUUGUGCAUGUCAGAAAACUUAUGAUUGUUGGUUCAAAUCCCAGUUCACCCCAAUAAUGUUUCCAGGUAUGUCAGCAGCUGAUUGGUUUCAAUAAAGUGGUAAAUUUUGAGA